AAAUUUAGAAUCGGUCAUUCAUGUUCUAUACCAAAAAAUUGAUUUGAUCAUGGGACAACAGAAAACUUCCACAAAUAGUAGUUCCAUGUUGGAUCCUACUGUAGUUGUGCAUUCUUCGAAAAGUACAAAAACUAGUGAUCUUACUGCUAUCAUGCCAAUUCAACCCAAGAAGUUAUUCCACUUGGAUAUUACUCGUGAAGCUACAACUCCACCUAAUGGACAAUCACAUGUUAGAGUAGGAGCUGUACUCCCAAAGUGGUGGACACUUGUUGCAUUUGAGCCUACUACUUCGAUGAUGUUAACCGAAUCUCAAGUAGCUGUUGCAGCCUAUAUUUUUUCGGAUACGUUAGAUCCUUCUGAAGAGUUGGUAAUCUCAGAUGAAAAGGGUUACAGAAGUACAUUUAGAUGUCUUGUCCCAGAGAGAUGUGUCGAAUCACGAGUUAUAAACCUGGUGGCACUUAUGAUGACACGUAUAUUUCGACGUAGAAAUGAAGAUCCAAUUUGCUGGUUCAUGCCUACACAUUUUGCACGAUAUGCUUUAAGCGACAAAUAUACACCGGCAGAGGUUAUCUUUGAUUUCCUUGGAGCAUAUAUGUCACUGAAAAUUAACCACGUCAUUAGGGUGUUUAUCCCUAUCUGUGAGGAACUACAUUGGUAUUUGGUUAUUGUUGACUUUACGAGUCGUCGCCUAAUCAUAUUGGAUUCACUGCCUUCUGUCGAAAAACAUCAACAACGCAAAAGGAACGCAAUUAAAGUGGCAACUUAUUUAGAAGCGAUGUUAGAUGAUCAUAUUUUUAAUGAUGAUAAGUCUAAAGUUAUAGAUUGCUCCACCUUUUGGCCUAUCACACCUUUUGGCCUACCCACUCAAAAAAAUAGAUCGUAAGUCUACUAUUUAAUU